AUGCAAACGACUCAUCCAGACAGCAAAACCGACCAGUACGGCGAGAAGGACGAGAUCAAGCUGUCCGAGGUGGUGGUUCAAGGAGAUGAUACCAAUGUCGGUCUGGCAGCGUACGAGGAGUCGAAGCUUUUAGGGGAGAUUACUCCCGCGGAGAGCAAGCGAAUCCGGAGGAAGAUCGACAUGUUCAUCUUACCCCUCUUCCUCCUCACCCAAACACUUCAGUUUAUGGACAAGACGGCUCUGAACUAUGCAAAGGUCUUUGGAAUGGAGGCCGCAAUGGGCAUGAGCGGGAACCAAUACUCGUUGGGCGCAGCUAUCUUCUACAUAGGGUACCUUGUCUCACAGCCGGUCUGGUCCUACCUGAUCGGCCGCUUCCACGCAGGGCGGAUAAUGGGGACCACCGCAACGAUCUGGGGUCUGAUGGUCCUGGUCAUGGUUUGGUCCAAGAACUUUACGCACGUCAUGAUUACUCGCUUCCUCCUCGGCGUCUUCGAGUCCGCCGUCACCCCUGGUCUCUCCCUCAUGACGGCCUGGUGGUAUACCCGAGACGAGAUCCCCUUCCGGCAAACUAUAUGGUACUCUGCCAACGGUAUUGGAGGCAUGGUCGGAGCACUGAUGGCCGCUGGGAUUACUUUCCUCAGUGACGAGCCUACUCCCCGCUGGAAACUCAUCUUCUACAUCCUCGGUUCCGUCACCGCCGCCCUCGGUAUCUUCCUCUGGUUCUUUAUGGCGGAUGGUCCCAGCAAUGCUCGAUGGCUCAAGAAGGAGGAUCGCUUAUUGGCUGUGGCUCGUGUCGCAUCAUCCGGUGUCGGUGUCAAGUCGCUUGCCUUCAACUGGGAGCAUGGCAGAGAGGGUCUGAUGGAUCCCAAAAACUGGCUUCUCUCUAUCGCGAUGUUCGGUUCCUCCGUCCCUAAUGGCGUCCUCACCAAUUUCUCCGGUACUAUCAUCAAGGGUCUCGGCUACUCGACCUUCAAUGCGGCUUUGCUCGACUGCGCUGGCCGCUCGCUCCAAGUCUUUGCGCUUCUCAUCUCCGGCUUUGUCGCUUCUCGCUGGGCCAACACUCGACUACUCAUGAUGACCAUCGGCAACCUCAUCUGCGUGUUCGGGACGGCAUUGAUGGCCUUCCUGCCUUUCACCACUCAAUACACCUGGGGACGUCUGAUCGGGUUCUGGCUGGUCAAUCUUCAAUCCAUCGGCUUUACUAUGGGACUGGUCAUGAUCUCCUCCAACAUCGGAUCAUACUCCAAGCGUGUCGUCGUCUCCUCCUGCGUCUUUAUUGCCUACUGCGCUGGCAAUGCCGUCGGGCCCCUCACAGCGCUCGAGACUGAAGCGCCCGUCUACCGAACCGCAGCGAUCUGUAUGAUGGCUGGAUAUAUGCUCAAGACUAUCUGUCACUGCUUGCUGUGGUUCUACAUGUGGCGCGACAACAAGGUUCGUGACCGGAAGUACGGUCCAGCAGACGUCAACCUCGCUGCGGACAACGGUAUGCGCGGAAUGACCGAGAGAGAGAAUGUACACUUUAGGUACGUCUUGUAG